GUCACAUCACGUUAUGGACUGCUCUCCUAGCCACUGUCGAAAGAUCAUGGAUGUCUCUUUCUCUUCCCCCACAAAUUCGACCACAAGUGAUACCAAUAUGGCCACCAGAGUGUAUGGAGAUACCAUUGCUCAAAAUUCUCUUAAACGCAAGUGUAAAGGGUGUCCUACAAUGGUCAUAUCGCCCGCAGCGUAUUGCGCGUCCUGUCGUGUCAAGAAUAACGAGAGAAAACGUGCAUACAACGCGGCAAAAAGGCAACAGGUUCUGAAGAACGUCACAGAGAGUGAUAUGAAUGCGGGAUAUGGUGGGAUGAGUGUUAAUACCCAGGACGGCGAGGGUAAGAAACAGAAGAGAAACAGAGAGGAAGAUGGCGACGGUCACGACGCAACUGCGAAAAAGAGGAAGUUGCACGGAAUCGAAAAACCUAAGCCGAAAACUAAAACCACGACUCCGCCUUAUCCAGUGGCACCUUCAGGGCAGAUGAAUGAAUGCCAAAGCGAGCUGGAGAUGGUCAGGCGAUUAAAAGAGAUUGCAAUUUGUCCAUCGGCUUUUCAUGCAUGUUAUUCGAUAGUCGCCGAUCCCAGCGUAGGUCACCGAACACAAGCAGGGUUGGCCGCUAGGAAUAUCAAGAAGUCUGCGAAGUGGCCUUUUAACUAUAAGGACGUGAUCCGAACCAUAGCUCCGCGGACUUCAUGCACGCUUCGUUUUCGUUGCGAGUGCCAUUUGAGAUUGCGCCCAACAGCACCGAGACCAUUGGCGUCGUGGCUCAAUUCCGGUCGAAAAAGUGAGAAAGAGCUGAUGACAACAGUGCCAUUGAAGACGGCCGAACCUAUAGCCGACAUUCGAGCAAAGCUAGCAAAGUCGGGCACCAACUCUUCCGAAGCUCUUGUGGAAGAACCAUCAGCCGCCAUGGAGCCCUGUACCGGCAUAAUCGAGGUAACGGCAGAGGAUGACACUUCACAUCCGUUGGGAAUUCCAGGACAGAGGAUUAGAGUGAACAUUCACCAUCCGUAAAGACUCCCCCAGUUCUGUUCUUCGUUUCCUUACAGCAAUACACCGACCACCCGAUCCCCCUACAAUAAUGUCAAUUAGCAUCCUCGAUGCUCAAAACCCGUCAUUUUCUUCUUGCGUUCUCCGUACCCAUCUAUUACUGUACCAGAUAACCCUACUAAACUUUACUGUCUUGUUCAAUACUACUAUACUAGAGGCACAUCGGCUAAUGAUGCAUAUGCCUUCCUUCUACUUACCGGACUCCAUUGCAAAGUUCUGAUAUACUCUCUCAAGGCGCUUUGUAUUCUUUUCCCUCAGAAAUGACAUUACGCGACCUGUUCACCACUUCCCUAGUAGAAACACUGUAUUCUGCUACCGCGUAAACCAAAAAUUGAAAUAUAAGUCUGCAC